GUUCAAUAGCCUCAAACCUUCUUGGUGAUCGUUAAAUAGCUCAAAACCUCUCGUUUUUGGGUACACAAUGGAGUCAGAGAAGAACCAGAAAGAUCCGGCUAUGACCAAGAAAGGAGCUUAUGCUGCCAUUUCUUAUAUGGCCUCCGCAGUUCUCUUGAUAAUGUUCAAUAAAGCAGCCCUCUCUUCAUACAAUUUCCAAUCUGCAAAUGUCAUCACUCUUUUUCAGAUGAUAUCGUCUUGUGCAUUGCUGUAUGCAAUGAAUUGCUGGAAGAUCAUUUCUUUCACAGUUGAGCCACAUAGCACUACAAACAAUCCAGUUACCCUUGUGCCAUUGAAGAAGUUGGUUCAUACUCUUCCUCUCGCGGUGUCUUAUUUGCUUUACAUGUUGGUUACAAUGGAAUCAGUCCGUGGUAUAAGUGUUCCCAUGUACACCACCCUCAGACGAACCACUGUAGCUUUUACAAUGGUCAUUGAGUAUCUUUUGACCGGGCAGAAACAUUCAUAUCGUGUUUUAGGCAGUGUGGGGAUAAUUAUUAUGGGUGCAUUUUGUGCCGGAGCUCGGGAUUUGUCUUUUGAUGCCUAUGGCUAUGCUGUUGUUUUUGUUGCAAACAUCUGUACAGCAAUAUAUCUUGCUUCUAUAGCUCAUAUUGGCAAGUCUAGUGGUCUCAGUACCUUUGGCUUAAUGUGGUGCAAUGGAAUAAUAUGUGGACCAGUCUUGCUGUUUUGGACAUCAAUCAGAGGUGAUUUAACAGGGAUGAUGAAUUUCCCGGAUCUAUUCUCCCCUGGUUUUCAGGCUGUGAUGCUUCUUUCCUGUGUUAUGGCUUUUUCAAUAAAUUAUUGCGUAUUUUGGAAUACAACCCUCAAUUCAGCUCUCACACAGACAAUUUGUGGUAAUCUGAAGGAUCUUCUGACUAUUGGACUUGGCUGGUUGCUAUUUGGAGGGCUUCCAUUUAAUUUGUUAAAUGUUGCUGGCCAAUCUCUUGGUUUUCUUGGGUCCUGCUUGUAUGCUUACUGUAAACUCAGAGGGAUAUAA